CAGAAUGCAGCUGGCUCAUCUGUGCAUCCUCCUCCAGACUCUGGCAGUCAUGACGGCCAACAUCGCACCGUUGGUCCGAGGCUGCGACUGUGGUGCCCAUUCACCAGGUGAUGUCAUCAUAGGGAUGAUGUUCCCGAGUCAUCAUAAAGUAACCGCCUUGGAUGAACGGAACCAACCAGAAAGCUACCAAUGUUCAGAUUUUUAUUUGGUGUCCUUCAUGAGAUCCCUGGCAACAAUUCAUGCCAUAGAGGAAGUGAAUGCAGCUGGUGUCCUUCCAGGGCUGCGUCUCGGAUAUGUCAUGUGUGACACAUGCUGUCAUGCUAGCAAAGCCUUACAGAACGUGGGGCGCAUGCUAGCGGUCAACGGCUCUGUCAAUGUGCAGUGCGACUACACUGACUUCAGACCCAAAGUAAAGAUUGUUUUAGGAGCUCGGUACUCGGAGGUGUCCAUCGCUGUUGCCAAACUGCUGAGUGUUUACAUGAUUCCAUUAAUGAGCAGCACAUCAUCUUCCCAGUUUCUGAGUGAUAAGCAGCGCUACCCGGUGUUCCUGCGAACUAUUCCCAGUGACAAACAUCAGACUAAAGCUCUGGCCAAACUGAUGGCUCACUUUUCCUGGAACUGGGUGGGGGUCGUGUACCGGGGAUGA